AUGGAGCUCGCAGUUAGACUCGUCGCCUAUCUGGUGCUGCCCGUGGUGACGCUCUGUCUGGCCGUGUACUUGUACGUUGCGCGGAGGUAUUCGUUUUGGAAGCGCCACAAUGUGCCAUUCGUCGAGCCGGAGUUGCCCUUCGGGAACUUUAAGGAGUUGGGCAAAAGCGUUCAUCCGGCUCACCUGAGCCAGCGGUUCUACGAGCGGUACAAGGACGCCGAUCACGGCUUCGUAGGGCUGUACAUCUUCCUCAACCCGGUGCUGCUGGUGACCGAGCUGCGGAUGGUGAAGCGGAUCCUGAUCGAGGACUUUCACUACUUCCCCGAUCGCGGUGUGUACUUCAACGAGCGGCACGAUCCCCUAUCGGCCCACCUGUUCGCACUCGAGGGUUCAAGGUGGCGCGAUUUGCGGGCCAAGAUCACCCCGACGUUCACGAGUGGCCGCAUGAAGGGGGCGUUCCCGCUAGUUCUCGACACUGCCUUGCGGUUCUGUGAAUUCCUCCAGACCGUGUGUGGCGAUAGUGCCGGGAACGCGGUCGAAGUCCGCGAUCUGAUGGCUCGCUUCACGACGGACGUGAUUGGGUCGUAUGCGUUCGGACUCAACUGCAACAGUUUCGGCGAUCCCGACAACGAGUUCCGCCGUAUCGGUCGGAAACACUUCGACACCCCACGGAACCAUCCGCUGACCGUGUUCCUGAUGAAAACGUUCCGUGGCCUAGCGAACACGCUCGGCCUCAAGCUGAUCCACGAUGACGUGGCCGCAUUCUUCAGUGGCACCAUCCGCAGCACGGUCGAGCACCGCGAGCGGACCGACGAGCGACGGAAUGACUUCCUCGACCUGCUGAUAAGCCUGAAGAACACCGGGAUGCUAGAGGGCGCCAACGAGAUAGUGGGCCGCCUGACGUUCGAGGAAAUAGCGGCCCAGGCGUUCAUCUUUUUCACCGCCGGAUUCGAGACUUCGGCCAGUGCGAUGACCUACACGCUGUACGAGCUGGCUCUGGACGCGGGCAUCCAACAACGGGCCCGGGACUGUGUUCUCGGCGAGCUUGAUCGGCACGACGGCCAACUGACGUACGAUUCGUUCAAGAAUAUGCUCUACUUGGACCAAUGCAUUUAUGAGACUCUUCGUAAGUAUCCACCGGUGGCCGUUCUCGAGCGCACAGUCGCGAAGCAGUACAAAAUUCCCGGUACCGCCGUCGUGCUGCCAGUGGGAAUGAAGAUCAUGAUCCCGGCGUACGCGAUCCACCACGAUCCGGCCAUCUACCCCGACCCACACCGCUACGAUCCGGAUCGGUUCACACCGGAGCUGAUGGCUCGGAGGAAUCCGUGCGCUUACCUACCGUUCGGCGAGGGUCCUCGAAUAUGUGUCGGGCUGCGGUUCGGGUUGAUGCAGGCACGGAUUGGGUUGGCACUGCUACUGAAACACUUCCGUGUGCUGCCCUGCGAUGAUACGGAAGUGCCGCUGACCUACUCCACGACGGCAUUCGUGCUGACUCCGGUGAACGGGGUGCGGCUACGAUUGGAGCGAUACGAGUAAGAAAGACAAAAUUUAAAUAAAAACAAAAGAAAUUUAAUAUAAUUCAAAUAAAAUUCAUAAACACGGCCGAGAAACCUAACCUUUAGGACAUCAUCAAAAUCAUUAAAAGUAAUAAA